AUGAUUUCCUCGAUACUUUUGCUAUUUUCAUUACUAGUACUAGCAUCCGGUACUUCAAUACUGCCGGCAACCAACAAUACACAGGAAGUUGGCCUUUCUUGUAAUAUCAAAGCAUACUCACAAGUAGAGGCUGUACUGAAAUAUUGCACUAAUAUUAUUUUAAGCAACGUGGAAGUACCUAGUGGAAAAUCGUUAAACUUACAUUUAAGAGAUGGUUCAACUUUGACUGUCAGAGGUUCACUUUUCCAUGGUCAUGGUGAGAAAUACUGGGACGGUCACGGAGGUAGUGGCGGUGUUACCAAACCAAAGCUGCUACAAAUCGCAAACGUCAAUAAUGGCCAUUUCAGCAACGUCCACUUAAAAAACUGUCCACUGUUCUUUACUGGUAUAACAAAGGUUAAGGAUUUGACACUAGAUGGUUGGAAUGCUGAUUGUUCUGAAGGAGAUAAAAUAUUGUACAACAAGGUGUAUACGUUUAAAUGGACUACGGCAAUAAUGGCCAUCCCAAUAGUAACACAGCUGUUAAAGGACUCAAAUUGUCACACGUUACUGGAACCGUUUCAGGAAACUCAGCUAGACCAUAUACUACAUUGUAUGUGGGAACAAGUGUUCAGACUGGACCUUCAAUGAUGUUCACGUGACAGGGGGAGGUGUCAAAAGCUCAUGUAAUUAUAAGCCAUCCGGAUUUAAUUGUUAGAUAAUCGGAUAAUGAAUAAAUUAGGAAGUAUACUAAAAUCACAAUCAAGAAGCACUAGAAAUAAGCAAACGAAGACACGUUAAAUGAGCACUCCGGAAUCAUGAUUUACAAUGUAUAUAUUUUGUAAAUCAUGAUUUGGGAGUGCUUCUCGUAGCAUUUAACGUGUCUUUGUUUGUUUAUUUCUAGUGCAUCUUGAUUGUGAUUUUAGUAUAGAUAUAUGUAAUAUAUUAUUAUACUAUUGUAGCGUUUUAUUUAAAUAAAACUCACGGUUCGGAUUUA